AUGGCUGACAGUCUUCAAUAUUGGGGUAUUUGUCGCGUCAUGCAUCGUUUGGUCAGGUGCAUUAUCAAAGCAAACCCUCAAGGAUCAGGACUUCUGGAAAGCAACAUCAUUCUAUUAUUCGAAAUUCCCAAAAUUACACGAGUCACCAACGGCACACUGUACGACACAAGUCCGCCGUCUAUCCUUCGCCAACGUAUCGGAAAGGAAGCGGACGAUGAAUGGCACCGCAUCGGUGAUCACGUAUGGCCACUGGUAAUUGGGGCGGAAGACGUCCGCCGGCUAGGAAAAGACCCAGCCGUCGCGGUAAAGAUCCCAGACGAUCUCGGCUACGGCUCGGACGCCUACAUUGCUCAGACAGAGGUCUUUCAUCACCUGCACUGUGUCGACAUGCUGAGGAGGGAGGUCUCCUACGAGCAUUACUACGAGGAAAAGGAAGGGCCGAAGCCAGGAGGAGCACAGCAUCAAGCACACAUCGGCCACUGCUUCGACAUACUUGCCCAGGCAAUCAAGUGCACGGGUAGUGUUGACAUGAUCACGUUCAACUGGGUAGAGAACUGGGACCAGCCGUUCCCGGAUUUCAUGAACCACAAAGUCUGCCGAAACUUUGAUGUGUUGUUGGACUGGGUGAACGAUAACUCAAUGGACCCGGAAGUAUUCCAGAAAAUGAAGACCCCUUCUCCGGGAUGGCCGGUGCUGCCAGAGCCAGGUACAGCCCGAUGA